AUGGAAUUUUUCUUAAUAUUCUUUAGUUUUCUUGCCUAUCAAUUAAACUGUUCAAUCACAUCAUCAUCAUGUGAGAAUUAUGAAAUGAAACCUGAAGUAUCAUGUUACUAGUUUAUUUUAAAUUGUUAUAUUUUAGAAGGAGAUGAAGAAAAUUAUUCAAAACUCUAACAUAUUAAUAAAUAAAUAAUUAAAAAGUCAUUUGCAAUACCUUAUAAAGUAGAACCAAUUUUAAUAAGAAUUAUUAAUUCUCCCGAUGCAUAAUUGAUCCAUUAAAAACUUAUGUGUUUCUUACUUCUUUAAUUUGAAUAUUAUAUCACUUGUAUGGGCGUUGAUUUAUUAAAUUAUGAGGAAUAGACAGAGUAUGCUGAAAAAUUUGAAGUAAAUACAAAAAUAUAAUUUGAUGAAUAUUGUGAUGAGAUGUUUACAAAUUAUAAUGGAAGUUUUAUUUUAUUUUGUUUAAAUAAAUUUACUUUAAAAUAAUAUACAGUAGAACAAUAAGGAAAUAGAACUUUAAAUAUAAUGUAUGAUGUUUUAGAUCAAAUAUAAGAUAAAUGCAAGAAAAAAUAAAUAAAAUUAGCAGAAAAUCAAUAUAUCGUUGUUUUAUAUUAAUGUUCUAAAUGGAUCGUAUUAUUAAUAGAAAAUAAAGAAGUAAAGACUUUAUUGAAUUCUGAAACCAUAAAAAUGGAAGCAAUUUUUUCCUAUAUUGAUGAUGUAUCUUUCUGUGAACUUAAAUAAAAUAGAUCCAUUUUUUUUUUGGUAGAAAAUAAUUCUUAUCUUUAAGUUUAUUUGAAUAAAUUUGGGAAUAACACUAUCAAUUACUUUUUCUAGUAGAAUAAAAAACAAAUUCAAAAACUGUUAGUGUAAAAAUGUCAAAUUGUAAUUUUACUCACAAGUUAGGAAUAUAAUGAGUAAAUAAACAUUUAAUCUUCAAGAAACAAGGAACUAGUUUUAAAUUAAAAAUAUUCAACAAAUAAUAUUCACUUUCAUUCUGAUCUUAUUUUCCUACAAAACUAAUCUGAAUUAAUUGUGUUAAUAAAUGCUCAUUUAAAUUAGACUUUUUAAAUUUUUAAUACUUCAUUGCAUUUUUUUGCAAUUGGUAAUUUAUUCUGCUAAUUUGAUUAAAUCAAAAAGGUUUUAUAAUUUUAUAAAUAUUAUCCACUAACUCCUUAUAUUUAACCUUAAUAAAAGUACUUAUAUUUGAUUUAGAAAUAUGAUUUGUUUAAUGAAGAAGCAUAAGUGAAAUGUUUAAAAAUAGUUUUUAAAGCCUAAGUUAAGGAUGAAUAAUAAUAACUGGUUUAAUAAAUAAAAUUAUUUAAUAAUUGUUCAAGUAAACUAAAAACCUGGAUAUCAGAAGUAUUAAAUUCUAUUUAUAACGUUUCAUUUAAUUUAAAUAAUAAUGAGAGUAGUUUAAGGGGAAGUAUUUGGAAUUAUCAUAACUUUUAAGAAUCAUGUUUUAAAAAGCUAAAAUUAUUUCAAUUUAUUGAUGAGAUAGAAUUUAUAUUUAUGAAAAUACCUCUAUAAAUAAGUUUUAUAAAUAAAACAAAUUUUUAUAUAUUUGAUUGCAAAAAAAAUAAAAUUAUUAUCUCAAUUAGCAUCAAUCAAUUUGAUGUACUUGAAUCUAAUGAAAACUAUUAUUUAUACGAUAAAAAUACUAGAGAUAUGUUGAGGGUUAUUUAAAUUUAGUAGGGAUAACUAUUGUAAUACAACCUAAAAUUUGAUGGAAUGAUCACAAAUAUAUAAAAAUUUCCUUAACAAGUUUUAAUUUAUAUGAACAAUUCGGAAUUGCCAAUCAUUUUAUCAAGGAAUUUUAAUGAACUUUUUUCUAGAAAUUAUCUUUAAAAAAAUCUCUAUUAGUCUGAGCAUAUACUUUUUUAUUAAGAAAUCGGAAGCUCAAAAUUUAUUUAAUAUCAAAAGUUUAUGGCCAUGGAAAAUUAAGAAAAUAUUAAAUUUUAUGAACUUUAGAAUACCUAAAUUAUUUCUAUUUAAUAUUAGGUUUAUUUUCAAUAUUUCUACUUAGUUUUUGCAGUACAAAAUUUCACUCAAUCUUUAACUCUUUAUUUUUUAGAUGAAAACGAAAUACAUUAAAUUUCAAAUUACACUCUCUAGAAUUAUUAAUUUUAUUAUCCAUUCAAGUAUGCUAUAAAAUAAAAAAAUUUAGCCAUUCUAAUUGAAUAAAAUGGACUUCUAUUUAUAGCCAUAUUUCUAUAUAAUCCUUCUUUUUUACAGUUAUUUAAAAUUAUAGCAACCGAUAAUUCCUUUUUUACAUUUUAUAAAGAUGAUCUAAUAUAUUCUAACAAAAAAGUAUGGACAUAAUUAUUUAUUAAUAUAUUCAUUGUUGAAGUAGAGACUCAAUAAAUUUUAUAAAAUAGUUUUUCAUCGCCUUAUUUAUUGAGUUUACCAAAAUCCUAAUAAGAAGAAUAAAGUAUUGACUUAAAAAUUUUAAUUAUAAAUUAAUGCUUUCAAUUAUAUUCUCUUAAGAAUUUAUCCAUUUUUGAAAUUCAACAAAAUUAAAAUAUAUAAAUAAACAUUUCUGAUUUAUUUUAUGGCCCAAUUAAUAAUUUAACUCUUAUAACCAAUUAAACUGCCAUUUUGAAUGGACCUUUAAUACUAAGGAAGUAAUUAUAGCAAUGUAAUUCUUAAUUAAUUACAUUUUGCAUUAAAUAUUAUAAAUUUGAAAUCAAAUAAUAAAUUUUUGAAUUUUAGGCAAUAAUUUUUGAUAAUUAAAUCUAUGAAAUUCUUCAUUCAUUUUAACCUAAUAGUAUUUUAUAUAUUACUUGGAUUAAAUAGCAAUACUAUGUUUGUUUUUUAUAAUUAAACAAGAGCAUAAAAAUUCAUUUAAUCUAAUGUUUUGAAAAAAAUGAUAAUUGUUAAUUAAUAUCAGAUUUAAAUGAUAACGUCAAAUUAGAAUAAAUUGAUACCAAUAAUAUCAAGAGAACUGGAAAUUUAAUAAAAAUAUUAAACAACUUUAAUUAUAUUAUUAUUAGUGUAGAAGAACUCAAUUUUAAUAUUGUAGAAUCACCUAACAAAAUUGAAGAUAUUAUAUUUAUUGAAAAAUCUUAAGAUUAAUAUUUGAUAUUAUAGAAAAAUAACAUAGAUUCUUUUGAUUUAUAAUUAACUAUCAAUUCAAUAAAUUAAGAUAAGAGAAGAAUUAUAUAUUCAUAUUUAAUAACUAAAGAAUUAUAAAUUGAAUUUAAUAAUUAUGGAAAUAAAUUUAAUGAAGAAUCAAUAAUUAAGUUAAUCUCUUGUAACUAAAAUAAAGAUUUAAUUUAUGUACUCCUUUUUAUAGCAGAUUAAUAAUAUUCUUAUGUUUUGUUAUUACAAAUAGAUUAAAAGAAACAUUCAGUUUAAAUUGAAACACAAAAAUUAAUUAGAAAUAAAAAUUCAAUCAACCUUUAAGAUAAAUUUAUUCUUCACUAUUUAGAUGAAAAUUAUUUAAUUUUAAAAUAAAUUCCAACUAACACAUAUUUUUUCUACUAGCUAAAAGAAGAACGCAAAUUUUAUGACUAUUUUUAUAAAUCAUUGGAUUUAAUGUAUAUAAAAAGAGUAAAUAAUACUCAUUUUAUUUUCCGCAAUCAUUCGUCAGCCUUUUUAGGAAUAAUUGGAUUUGAAAUUGAAUUACAAAGUUCUUAAGAACAAUAAUAUAAUUUCUUACUUUAAGCAUAAAAUGAAAUAUCUUUUGAAAAAGUUUCAUUACAUGUACACAUACUUAAAUAAAAUGAUCAAUUCUUAAUAUUAAUUUAAUCCUCCUGUUUAAUUUUUAUCAUAAUCUACCUUAAAACUAAGGGAUCUAAAAUUAAAAAGCUAAAUAGUAAAUAAGCUGAUAAUAAAUGA